GAAGCCGCUGGAGCGCGGCUGGUGCGUCGCGUCCUUCUCUGCAUGGGCUCCGGGCGCGGGGCACUGGGCAGCCCUUGCAGGCAGCGCGGCGGCGGCGCGACGAGGCGAAGGUAGCGCCGAGGGACCGGGGACGGGCUUUGCCGCCGCCGCGCCUCCUGCCUGGCGCGCCUGCCUGGCCAUGGGCUCCCUGUUCCGCAGCGAGGCGAUGUGCCUGGCGCAGCUGUUCCUGCAAGCCGGCUCGGCCUACGAAUGCCUCAGCGUCCUGGGCGAGCGCGGCCUGGCCCAGUUCAGAGAUCUCAACCCAAGCACGAGUGUUUUCCAGCGGAAGUAUGUGGGUGAAGUGAAGAAAUGUGAGGAAAUGGAAAGGAUACUAGGGUACCUGGUGCAGGAAAUUAAGAAAGCAGACAUUCCUCUCCCAGAAGGAACUGUUACCCCAGCUGCCCCUCCUUUUAAGCAGAUGUUGGAAAUUCAGGAGCAAUUGCAGAAGCUGGAGGUCGAGUUGCGCGAAGUGACGAAAAACAAAGAGAAGCUGAAGAAAAACCUCCUCGAAUUGACAGAAUAUACGCACAUGCUACGGGUCACCCGGACCUUUGUCAGAAGAACUGCUGAGUUUGAGUCCUGCUUGCAGGCUAAUUACGAAGAAUUCCCGUCUUUGGAAAGCGAGCCUUUGGUGGACUACAGCUGCAUGCACAGGCUUGGUGCCAAACUUGGAUUUAUAUCUGGGUUAGUUCACCGAGCAAAAAUUGAAGCCUUUGAAAAAAUGCUUUGGCGGGUGUGCAAAGGAUAUACAAUUGUUUCUUAUUCCGAACUGGAAGAAAGUUUGCAAGAUCCAGAUACAGGAGAACCUACCAAGUGGUUUGUCUUCUUAAUCUCAUAUUGGGGUGAACAGAUAGGCCAGAAAGUUAAGAAGAUAUGUGACUGCUACCAUUGCCAUGUCUACCCCUAUCCAAGCACCCCCGAGGAGCGACGGACCGUGAUGGAAGGACUCCAGGUCCGCAUUCAGGAUCUUCAUAUCGUGCUGCGUAAAACAGAAGAUUAUUUGCGACAAGUUUUAUGCAAAGCGUCUGAAUCCAUUUAUACCUGGGAUGUUCAAGUGAAGAAGAUGAAAGCCAUUUACCACGUGCUGAACCUCUGCAGCUUCGACGUCACCAACAAAUGCCUGAUUGCCGAGGUGUGGUGUCCUGUGACCGACCUCCCAAACAUGCGCCAGGCUCUUGAGGAAGGCUCUAGAACAAGUGGAGCUUCUGUCCCUUCAUUCAUGAACACGAUACCAACAAAAGAAACACCUCCCACUUUGAUACGCACAAACAAAUUUACCUCUGGAUUCCAGAACAUAGUUGAUGCUUAUGGAAUUGGGAACUACAGGGAAGUUAAUCCAGCUCUGUUCACCAUCAUCACCUUCCCCUUCCUGUUUGCUGUCAUGUUUGGAGACUGCGGGCAUGGCUUCUUAAUGUUCCUCUUCGCUUUGUUCAUGGUAUUGUUUGAAAAGCAUCCCAAACUGCUGCGAUCACAGGAUGAGAUCAUGAAGAUGUUUUUUGAAGGGCGAUACAUCAUCUUGCUGAUGGGUCUCUUUUCUGUAUACACCGGCCUGAUCUACAAUGACUGUUUUUCAAAGUCUUUGAAUAUAUUUGGCUCUCGUUGGAAUGUUUCACGCAUGUCUGAUGAGAUCUGGAAUGACGAGGAUGUGAAGAAUAACCAGUACUUGACGCUGGAUCCAAAUGUGACCGGAGUGUUUGGAGGAGUGUAUCCUUUCGGCAUAGAUCCGAUUUGGAACCUAGCAAGCAAUCGUCUCACCUUCUUAAAUUCUUUCAAAAUGAAAAUGUCUAUAAUAAUUGGACUGAUUCACAUGAUAUUUGGAGUUGCCUUAGGGGGAUUUAACCACCUGCAUUUCAAGAAGAAGUACAAUAUUUAUUUCGUUUUCAUUCCUCAAGUUGUGUUCAUGCUGUCCAUCUUCGGAUAUCUUGUGUUCAUGAUCAUCUUCAAGUGGCUGACUUGCAGUGCCCAAAACUCCAAGAUCGCUCCGAGCAUCCUAAUUCAGUUCAUUAACAUGUUCCUGUUUCCUGGCAGUGGAACAGAUGACUUUUUCACAGGGCAGAAAGUUGUGCAGCAGUUUCUGCUAGCUGUCGCUGUACUUUCUGUUCCUGUGCUGCUUUUUGGAAAACCACUGUAUUUAUUCUGGUUGAACAAUGGAGGCCAAAGCAUUGGGGCAUACAGGAAAGGUUACCGGUUGGUACGAAAAGAAAGUGAAGAAGAGAUUGCUCUGUGGCGAACGCACGACAUCGAAGAGGGAAGCGUCUCUUUGGAGAGCAGACUCAAAGAUGAAGAGGAGGAGGAGUUUAAUUUUGUAGAUGUGUUCAUGGAUCAAGCUAUCCAUACCAUUGAGUACUGUCUAGGAUGCAUUUCAAACACGGCUUCGUACCUGAGGCUCUGGGCACUUAGUCUGGCACAUACACAGUUAUCAGAUGUGCUCUGGGCAAUGGUCAUGCGAGUAGGCCUUCGUGUGGAUGCAGCCUAUGGGAUCCUACUGUUGGUACCAGUUUCAGCCUUAUUUAUGGUUCUGACAAUAUUCAUUCUUUUACUCAUGGAAGGCCUUUCAGCUUUUCUACAUGCUCUACGGCUUCACUGGGUAGAAUUUCAGAACAAGUUCUAUAAAGGUGAAGGAUACAAGUUCACACCUUUCUCCUUUCAGGACAUUCCUUUACAUUUUAAUAGAUAUGUUGCAUAGCUUGGCUGAUAUUGGCAGUAAGUCUCUGGAAAUGUUUGGAAAUCAUGAACUGAGUUGUCAUUUUUGCACAGCUCAUUGUAGUAUAAAAACAUCACUGAUUGCCUUAUAAUGCAGCCAAAUAACUUUGCAAAAUAUAACCGCACAUGGACUUUGUAACCAUGGAACCUCUUGUAAACUGGCAUAGAAUGCGUGUUUCUUUCUUGUCAUAAGCACAUAUAAAACUGAUUCUAACCAUCUGGUUGCUGUCCCUAAAAUGCUCCAGCUAUUUUAAAGAGCUUUUUAUAUUCUUUUUCAAAUUCUUACCCUGUGCCCGCUUACUUGGGAGGGAGCCUCAUUAAAGCCAGUGCAACAAUUCUGAGUAAAUAUACAUCGUUUCCAUUGUCAGUCUCCCUCAUGCUACCACUAACAUUGAUGUUCCUUUGUGAAAGUUCAUAGCUAACAAAAAAUUGGCAGCAACUUGAGAAUGAAGUUGCAUUAUCUUUCAGUAUUUAUAGGAAGCGACUAAGAUUUUAUAUUACAUGAGUUAUAAGAUACUUAAAAAAAAAGAAAGAAAUUCUUCAUUCUGGUUAGAACAAGAACUACAUGCUUUUGCCAUUGCACAUCCUGAAUUUUGAAUAGAAGCGGCAGCAUUCGAAGAUGGAUUGCCUGAAGAACUUGGAGGCAUGUGGCCCUAGUUUUGUUCAGGGAAGCAUAAAGAGCAAAGUAAGGCUUAUUCCCAAAAGGGAUCUGUUCAAAGAUCUGAAAUUGUGAAGUUUUAAGUAUUUUAGCUGAGUCCUGGUGGUACUCAGGCAUUUGCUUUAAUUGAAUACAUGUCCUUUAUGAACAAGUAUUUUUCUCCAGUACUGUUGCCUGUUGAUCUGCCUUUUCUCAGUCUCUAGUGGAGAAACCACGUGUUAAUACAAGUUUUCUUAGGCACUAGUUAUACCAACUUUCCUCAGCCUGGUGCCUUUCACAUGCCUGAGAAUAAUGCAAGUUGCAGUCCAACCCGUCUGGAGGGCACCCGGUUUGAAGGACUGAGUUUACACACUCCUUUUUAUGUAGCAUUCUGCUGCUGGAAGUUAGUAUUUAUAAAAUCAGGUUCUAGUUUAACUUCGGCUUCAAUUCAGUAACUGGUUUGGUAAUGAAUAACAUCUUUUUAAGUUCUGUGAAGAUAGCUACCUUCUAAAUGAUUUUUUAAAAACGUUAAAAGGAUGUAUUUUACUUAAAUAGUGUAAGUGCUGAUGGAAAAAACAUAAUCUUGUUUCUUUAAUACUCAUUCCAAAUAAAAGCUAAUUGGUACUUUUGAGAA